AUGGCUAAGAAAUUUGCCACUCGGCGUUUCAUAAUGGAAGCGGGUUAUAGACUUAGCGCAGCUAAUCAACGCCAGUGUCGUCUUUUCUGGAAGAGGCUGUUCGAAAUGCGGAAUGCGGGCGUGGAUAAGGUUCUCUUAUAUCGCACGAAGGAAUUUGACCGCUUCUGCAAAAGCUUUUCUUCAGAAGGUGGACCUGAUUUAGUCGAGAUUGUCCGUCUCUGGGAAGAAAAGUAUGGCUGCUAUAUUAAGCAAUUGGAGGAGCGGGUGGCUGGGGAGAGCAAAGCAGAAAGACUUACUGUCCCCGAAGAUUUAUGGAGCAGUGCCACCAAUCCGUAG